UCGUGUGUGUACAAAACAAACAUACGCGUGGAACUUCAGAACAAUUAUUAUUUAUGGCCAAAUGAAUUAUUUUCUAUCAACCAUCAACCAAAAGUUGGGCUAGUUCUGUUCGUUCUGUUUGUUCAAUUCUAGAAAAGGGACUGUUCCAUAAUCGGUUCGGUAUUGUUUGAGUGUUUCAGUUGAAAAUCUGCCACUGAAGUGUCGAGAGACUACGACUACGAGUACGAGACCCGUUUUGCACUACUUUAAGUGGAACUCCAUAUUGAUGUCUAAAACUAAAGUGUGGACCUCAAAAUGACGGUCCGAAGUCCAAAUUCCGACGUGGGCCUAACCAUGUGUAGCAGGACUCGUGUGCAGUUGCUUUAGUUUUUGUCAAAAAGCCAUGAACAGAACAGCUACACAGGAGCAGAGUGGAGGUUUCGGUGGCGCAGUUUUACUUGUGGAUGUUGUCGGUGAAAAGUUCGAAGGAGACGGGUCCGGCGAAUCAUCACAACCAUAUUCCUCCAUGUCACAACUAAGUCGGAGAAAUGGUAGUUUUCCACGAACUUCCAGUUCCAACACAGAGUUAAUGCUUACUCGUGCUAAUUAUAACACAACUCAGGAAAGUGAACGUGCUAAUAAUUCAGAACUAAUCAUGGCUAGUGAACUAUCAUCCUGUGUAAGGAUUGUUCCCAACGACGAACAGAAUCACACCAGCUCAGCGGAAGAUGACCCUCCCGUGGAUUUGGACUCCAAAUUGGAGCAGCAGAGCACUGACCACUGUCACGCCACUUUGUUGGGCCCAGGAGGGACCGGUGCCGACAUGUCCACAAACAUAAGAGCACAGAAACAACUCAUUUUUGCUGCGGUCGUGUGCUUGAUAUUUAUGAUUGGAGAGUUUGUUGGUGGCUACCUUUCUCAGAGUUUAGCAAUAAUGACAGAUGCAGCUCAUCUUCUUAGCGACUUCACAAGUUUUCUCAUCAGUUUAUUUGCGUUGUGGAUUGCACGACGACCCCCAACUUCACGUAUGUCCUUCGGUUACUUCAGAGCUGAGGUUCUUGGUGCUGUAAUAAGUGUUUUGACUAUCUGGUUGGCUACCGGCGUUCUCGUAUACCUCGCUAUCUUGAGAUGUAUAAACCAAGAUUAUGAAAUCAAUGGUGAAAUCAUGCUGAUUACUGCUGGUUCUGGACUCGGCAUCAAUAUACUACUUGCAGCCGUGUUGCACUUCACCGGACACAGUCACAGCCAUGGAGGUCUAGGGGGAGGGGGAGGCCACGGCCACAGUCACAGUCACGGCGGGGAUCAUGAGAGUAACGCCCCCUACCAGACUCUUCAAGAAGACCAAGAUGAUCAGCCUCUUAGCAUCCAAGCAGAUCCGAUACGGAUUGUGGAUGCGGACACGGACGAGGAGUUGAAUCCGGCCAAACCCAAGAAGUCCGAAGGGAACAUGAAUGUGAGGGCAGCAUUUAUACAUAUACUGGGUGAUCUGAUACAGAGCGUUGGUGUCUGUAUCGCCGCUGUUAUUAUCUUAGUCAAGCCUGAAUACAAAAUUGCAGAUCCAAUCUGUACAUUCAUCUUCUCCGUGCUGGUCUUGGUGACAACAAUCUUGAUUUUAAGAGACGCUAUCCAAGUCCUGAUGGAAGGUGUUCCAAAACACAUAAACAUUAAAAAUUUAAGAGCUGAUUUGAAGAGUUUACCGCAUGUAAGAAUGGCCCAUGGUCUUCAUGUGUGGUCGUUGACGACAAAUCAGGCUGCAAUGGCCGUCCACCUGUGUGUUGAUGCAGGGACAGAUAGUGAACAGACUCUUCAAGAAGCGUCUCAUCUGAUCCGAAACAAGUACAACAUCGUCUUCUCCACGAUCCAAGUAGAGCAUUACAAACCAGACAUCAUGAACAACUGCGGCCGAUGUCGGGAGCCAACAAUAUAGAACUCAAUCAUGGUACAUGUACAUCAUCCUUCAAAGCCUGGUUCAGACUUCAUGCAAAAUACAUGUAAUAAUAUCUAGGAGAAGACUCUAGACUCAUGGAUAUAAUUUGACUUGAAUGAUGAAGAUUGCAUGUAGCAUUGUCUGGCAAUCUCUUUGGAACAGCCUCCCAUUUCAACUCAGAUAAGCAGAUAUUUGGUCUCAAUUUAAAACACAUCUCAAAACCUGUCUAUUGUGUGGAAAUCAUAGAUUUGCUCUUUGGUUGUUUUUGUGUAUUUGGCAGUGUUCUUGGUUUUUUUUUUGCGUCAUGAGUGUCAUCCUUGACAGACAUGGUGCUCUAUAAAUGUUCAAUAUUAUUAUUAUAAUUAUCAAUUAAUUGAAUAAUCAAUGUCAUACUUUGAAAAGGACAGUGAAUUGAACAAAUUAUAAUUUGGAUAUUUAAAAGUCAGACUUUUUUUUUUAAGCAGUUGGUAUAGCAACUGCUCACUGACCAAAAUGAUUAGCCUUCGAGAAAGACUCUGCUAGGGUCGAAACGUCAGGCCAUUAACUAUUUUUUGCAUUUAUACUCUCGGUCCAUUUGGUUGGUAAGUUGUUUGCAACAGCUAAUUCUAUUUUCUCAAAAUGAUUUGUGUUAAAGGCGGAAAACAAGGCGAUGGUUUUCAUGUUUUAAACCCAUGCAGAGUCUUCCUCAAAGGCUAAAAUGAGAAAGAUGUUGCUUGGGUUGAAGCAUAGGGAUGUUGCCACGCCCAGCAUCUAACAUCAAUAAGAAUGUAUUUCUAUCAGCAGCUUGUUUCUUGAAAAUCCAACCACUGGACCAACUGACCCAGCAACUUGUUUCGUGUAUCAUUUCUUAAGACAUCUCAGCUUCUUUAUGAGUAUGCAGCCUGUGGUGCUAAGUAUGUAGCGCAUCAAUCUAAAUCAAUCACAAGAACCAUCACUGCCCUUACAUGUACCCAUUUACCCCUGGGUGAAGAGGAACAAUUAAAGCAAAUGUCUUGCUCAAGCACACAAGUGUCAUUACUGGGAUUCGAACCCACGUUAUUUGGACUAAAGUUUGCAAUUUGGGGAUACAAUUUUAUCCCAAGGACAAUCAAUGCAUCUGCAAUGUGAGCCUCAAGAGCUUGUUUCAUGGACCAAUAUUUGUAGGCAACUUGUAGGCCCAAUCUCAUUGCGCUGCUUAAUGUUUCUGCUGACUGUACCAGAACAGGCAACUUCGAGGCCCAGUCUCAUUGCGCUGCUUAAUGGUUAGCACUAUUUCUGCUGACUGUACUGGAACAAUUUGCUUAGGUGUGUAAAUGAUUUCACAUGUACAGCGGUUCUAUGAACUGCAUGGAAAAGGAACACUUCUGCAGCACAAGCGGCAGUUUUCUUUCCAAGUUGUAUGAAUCCAAAAUAUACAUAACAUUUAUGAAAAUUAAAACGUUGGGUUUUUCCUCCUUUGAGAUUACCUGAAUCUAGCUGCUUGUAAAUUGGCAUAUUAUUAUGUGACAUGGCCCUUAGGAAGCUUGUACAGAACCCUUUAUUUGAGCACAAUUAAAUACUUAAAAUUCAAUUAUUUUAAGCUCAGAUUUGUAAUUGAUUUAAAAAUGAUGUACAUUUUGAGCAAUAACGGUACCUAUGCAAUUAUAAAAUACAAAGUUUCUCAUGUAGUUUCUAAUGUAGUCAGUGCACAGUAACAAAGACAAGGGUGCUGUCCUUGAGUACUAUCAUGAUAAUACAUCGUGGUUCUUUUCUUGUUAGGAGAACCUUAUUUUAUAAGCCUGCAGGAGACACAAUUUUUUUUUUAUCGGUAUUAUUUUAAUUGUCUUUCAGAAGUGCAGGCAUAACUAAUCUUCUACGCAACCUGUGUCAAUAAAAAAAAAUUUUUUGUUUGGUACUAUUUAGAGAAGACUGGCGUUACUGAUUAGCGGAAAAGAAGAUUUUCAGGUGCUAACUUGUUAGUACAUGUACCAAGAUCACUAUUAAAGGGGAUAUAUAAGUUUGGUUAUCACUCUAAACAUUAAUGGCAAUAUUAAGUUACUUGGUUAGAGAACUACAGCAGCUUUGGACAAUAUUGGAUUGUAUAAAGCAUUUUGAGAAAAGUUUACUUUAAAGUAAUGUGGUUGUGGAAAACUAACAUAGUAUUUUAUCCCUAAUUUUGAAUCUGAGAAACAUAUCUGUCAGAUAUGUUUCUCAGAUUUAUUCCAAUUAUGCUUUAUUCUUCCUUGGUGGACAUAGUCGCACCAGAUUUUCAGCGCUAUCUCAAAAAAUGGGACCACCCUUUGAAAUGAAAUUUGCAUGUUAGUUUUAUUGCAUACAUCUACCUACAUUUUUUUUUAAUGGUUAAACCAGUCGAUGGUUGAAAAAGACAAUGUAUACAAAAAUAUUUUACUUUGGCUUUAAAGGCAGUUUGUUCAAGCAAGCAAACAAUGGUCAGUGUGAACAUGAAGUACUUUGGGGAAGUAUUUUAAUUAAUUUUGUGAAGUCUAUACAAAACUAUGUAGAUUAUUUAAGACAACACUUAUAAAAAAUAGUGAAAAAAUUUAUCUCCAACUGGAAGUUAAAAGUUACACUCCCUUGAAAAUAUGUUUAUAAUUAGCUUUUCCGUAAAAAACUAAUGCAUUACUCUACAAAACUUGUUGGUGGUUUUACAGUUGCUUCAUGUCUUUUCAAUUUAUGUUUUUCGUGUUGAAAUGUUAUUUCUUUGGCAAUUUAAUUGAUCGUGGUGCAAAGUACACUUUGAAAUUAUUUAUAAUUAUUUUGUAAAUUAUGAUGAUGAAUGAUAAAUGAAAUAAAGAAAUGCUUAUAACU